CUGCCCGUGAUCAGUGGCCGUGCAUUCGCGAGAGGAGACUGGACCAGCCGGUCGACCCGUUGUAGCUCCUGGUUCGGCGCUGUCCAUAAGUUCGUCUGCUCGGCACCCUCGCAGCAGAAGCAGCAGCAGACGUGCACGAAACAAUAGCAUCGUCUGCUCUAUUCGCUGUCAAUAGUGCCAGACGUCUCGUCAUCUGCUUCUCAAGGAGCGCUCCAGAAGUCGGUCAGAUCUCGGUGCACUUCGAGUCAUGCGGGAGCAAGUGUCCCACGUGGUCCUUCUAGUCACGUUCGCCUGGCUCGGCUCGGCUGUGGCUGGGCCGAUUGAGAAGCCUGAGAAUGGCGACAAGAUCGGCAAGCAAACGAUCCAGGAAUUCUUUACAUCCGACUGGGGAGCGUGCGAGCCUCUGAAGAAUCCGCUUGUCAUACCAGAGAUGAGCGAUCCUCAGACCUGGAUUCGGUGUCAGAAGCACCUUCCAGAGCAUCCCAGUGACAUCGAGGAAUACCUCCCGAGGCUUAGCAGAUGCAUGCUCAAGAGCACUGGAUGGGUUCGAAGCAACGGAAACAUGAACCUGAGCAAAUACCUUCAGUACCUCAGCCUCCUCGGUCUUGACAAUGAGACAAUGGACAGCACGCGGGAAGCCCACAAAGGAUGCAUUUCAAAAGCGUACAAGGAAACGGACUUCAAAACUCAGGACAAGCUCUACGUGGAAUGCAUAUUCAGGCACUUCACAAAGGUCUGUGGCGCCAACUUUCAGGGAGCCGUCAAGGAAGGUUACAUCGUCGGCAUCACACAACUGAGCUUCAUGCCGAGGAUGGGCCCACUGGAGGUAGUCGAUGACGUCGACGGUGAUGACGUCGUCGAGACGCCGCCGGGAGAAGAACGCGUGCCACGCCCAAUCAACGAGACCGCACCAAUUGAACCAUGAACAAGAAGUGCCUCGUUCGCACAAGUGCGAUAAUAUCGUGUAGAUUAGGCGAACUAUACAUAGUUGUUAGUUAGAGAACCCAGUCGAAUCCUGGAUGGUUUUUUUUAUUAUUAUUUCCUUGCAGGGACACCGACGAGAAACACUACAUGAGUUUUGAUUGAUCAAGUAUUUUUUUGUUCAGAUCUUCAUUUUUCCUAAUUUUGUGGCACGAGGCUGGUUACUAGAAAAGAAAAUGAAGCCGACAUUUAAUUACAUUUUUUUUUUUUUAACUGUAACUCUUAAGUCCUGGGCCGCUAUAUGACGUCAUAGAUUUCAACGUAUUCAAGCAUUUCAAAGGGCCGUUGAUAAGCUAAGCUUGCCAAGUACCACCUUCGGCUCCCUUUCAAUACAAUGCAGUCCACUAUUGCUGGUAACAAAAAGAAAAAAAGAAGAAAUAAGAUUAUAGGCCGGAGCAGGAUGAUGUAAAAAUGUAUGACGAUCCACGCCAACCUGGUAAGGAGACUCCAAGGCGACGUUAUCACCCGUCUAUUAUUUUUUGCGCAUUUCCUGGCUUAUCAAGCCGCCUCUUGCGGCAAGACUGGCUUCUUCUGGUAUUGUAAAAAACGUAAUUUACUAAAACAGCUAAACUUAUUUUUUUUAGUGUCCUUCUAAAAGGUUUUAGAAUGCCGCAUGAUGCCACUAGAAGAAAAUGAAGGUCUAAGAAAUACUUUAUCCUCAAACGCUUCAAUUAUGUACAGUCGCAUGCACAUAGCCGUGUUAUUAUACCACCGCAUACAAGAAAUUAUGGUAUUCAGCUUCAAAACAUGCGUGCUUCUUUCGUGCACUAUACGCACAUGGCGAACGGAAUGUAACCACAGAAUGAAACGCGUUCAGCACAAGCACAAUAUUCUGCACAAGCACACGGCCUCUUCUUCAUUGUUUUAUCUUUUUUUUUCGGCCAUCAGUAUUACAAGCAUAGGAGAGCUAUAAAGCUCAGUUGUUCAGUUUUUCUCAAAUAUUCAGGAAAUUGGCAUUUACCGGAAUUUCACACGCUUUCGAAAAGCAGGCACAAGCUCACUGGACCAUAAAAAAGUUAUGCGUGGUUUCACGCUAAAGCGUUGUCGUCGUAUCCUGCCUCACAACUUGUACAGUUUCAUUUUAACAAAGGCCUUACUCAGCAGUUCAAUACAGCAAAAUAUAUUGCGUACAUCUUCAAUUUCUUCAUUUGCUUGCAAGCGAUACAUUAUGGUCAAAUCAUUAGGAGUCGACAAUCCAUCGCAACUCAUCGCAAAGCAAUACUCAGCACUACGCACAGUUUGCUUCCUUCUAAAUAAUCACUAUUGCGCACUAAGCCUAAAAGCACUGCGGCUUCACGUUCAUCGCAUAAGACACACUAGCAAAUGCAGGCCUUGGCAUUACGUCACCGUAAGGACCGACGACAAAACUUUAUCACGCUUAUAAGAAAAUGUCACGCUGAAAGAAAACACGGCAUCUUCUUACUUUAACUUUUGGCGGUUUUAAAACUUGUUCUAUAUUAAGUUCCAGAAAGUUGCCACCAUAAUUCAUUAGAAAAGAAAACAUGCUUCAAAGUUCGUGACGUCAAAAUUGUGACCGAGUUUACUUUUAUUCACCAUACAAUGACGGUGUCGAGACUACAAAAAAAAAAAAAACAUUUAGCGUGAUUAUGGCGCAAUGUUUUCGCUUCUUUAAUAAAAGAUUACACAAUUUG